GGGAGACUUAGGUGGAGGCCGCGCCCGGAGGGGAGGAGUCGGGGAUGGCCCAGCGGCUGGGCUCUGCCGGGCCACACGAGCCUUCCCCAAUCCCCCCGGAACCGACCUGGCUCUUCCUCGUUAUCCAGGACAGAGCCCCUUUUCUCACUGACCUCGCUUCCCGAGCAAACGCCAGCCCCGUGACGUCACAGCCCUGCCCAUCCCCUCCGCCUGAUGUCACCCCGAGCCCCCCUCCCCUUUCACUUUUCGCUUCCUCAGUGUCCCAGUCACCUGGUCCACGGCUGAGUGCUGGCACCGCAUCGCGGAGCCGGCCAAGCCAGAAGGCUUCCAGGGAAACUCGUAGGACUUUUCGUCAACUCUAGGGUGUUGGGGGAUGGUCGUAAUCACCGCCCCCGAGUCUAGUCUCGCCUUCCCACUGACACUAGUCAGUUGUUGCCCUUGUCCAGCUUUCAGGUUUGGCGUUCCGAACUCCAACCCUAGAUCGGAUUCUGAACCCCAUAUCCUUCUCAUCUUGAGAACCCAGCAGUGAUGUGGAGGUGGAGACUCACGGGAGCCCCGGACUUCACCUGAGCUACCUCAGGAAUUUCUAAAAUACAUGGAGACUUGAGCUGAGUUCACGUAGAAGAGGGAUUAAGGGAAGUUCUGUUUCUGGUGUUCCUUCUUCCACGAGUUCUCAAAGCUAAACAGCCCGUGUUAGAGCACUCUUUCCAGUCUCAGUCUGUUCACACACCAACACCUGUUUUAGUUUCUCCCUCACAACUUAAAUGAGAGAAGUCGCCAAGAGUGGCAAGAAAAGGAAGAAGACCCUGAGUUGGGGGGGACCAGGAUGCCUGACCGGGACAGCUAUGCCAAUGGCACUGGCAGCAGCGGUGGAGGCCCUGGAGGUGGUGGCAGUGAGGAGGCCAGUGGGGCAGGGACAGGCAGCGGGGGAGCCACCUCAGAUGCCAUUUGUAGAGACUUCCUGAGGAACGUCUGCAAGCGAGGCAAGCGAUGUCGAUACCGCCACCCAGACAUGAGUGAGGUAUCCAAUUUGGGGGUAAGCAAAAAUGAAUUUAUCUUCUGCCAUGACUUCCAAAACAAGGAGUGUAGCCGCCCCAACUGCCGUUUCAUCCACGGCUCCAAGGAGGAUGAGGAUGGCUAUAAGAAGACAGGAGAGCUGCCUCCCCGGCUGAGGCAGAAAGUGGCCGCUGGGCUGGGUCUCUCACCCGCCGACCUACCCAAUGGUAAGGAGGAGGUCCCCAUCUGCCGCGACUUCCUCAAAGGUGACUGUCAGAGAGGAGCCAAGUGCAAGUUUCGUCACUUGCAAAGGGAUUUUGAGUUUGAUGCUCGCGGUGGAGGAGGCACUGGAGGUGGAGGCUCCACAGGCUCUGCUCCCCCAGGACGCCGUCAUGAUCUCUAUGACAUCUACGACCUUCCGGAAAGGGGCUUUGAGGACCACGAACCAGGCCCUAAGCGCCGGAGAGGUGGCUGCUGCCCUCCUGACGGCCCCCAUUUCGAGUCCUACGAAUGUAACUUGGCUCCGCUCCGUGGGGUUGAGUGCAGACUGCUAGAGGAGGAGAAUGCCCUGCUCAGGAAACGCGUGGAGGAGCUGAAGAAGCAGGUCAGCAACCUGCUGGCCACCAACGAGGUACUUCUGGAGCAGAAUGCCCAGUUCCGGAAUCAGGCCAAGGUGAUGACUCUGAGCUCCACUGCACCCGCGACUGAGCAGACCCUGGCCCCCACUGUGGGCACGGUGGCCACUUUUAAUCAUGGCAUCGCCCAGACUCACACCACUCUGAGCAGCCAGGCUCUACAGCCUCGGCCUGUGUCCCAGCAAGAACUUGUUGCUCCCGCAGGAGCACCGGCUGCUCCCCCGACUAAUGCUGCACCUCCUGCCGCUCCGCCGCCCCCACCUCCACACCUGAACCCCGAGAUCACGCCGCUGUCAGCCGCUCUGGCUCAGACCAUCGCCCAGGGGAUGGCACCCCCGCCUGUUUCCAUGGCCCCUGUAGCUGUGUCUGUGGCUCCUGUGGCUCCUGUGGCUGUGUCCAUGGCCCAGCCCUUAGCAGGAAUCACAAUGAGCCACACCACUACUCCUAUGGUGACUUACCCCAUUGCUUCCCAGAGCAUGCGCAUCACAGCCAUGCCACACUGACAGGACUAAUGGAUACUCUACUCCCUGUUACAGCAUCCGAGGGCUGGGGUCACGGGGCCCUUCCCCACUUGCAUAGCCCUCCCAGGCUCUGUCCGAAGGGCCACUCAGAAACUAGGACAAGAGACUACAAGGAAUAUACUUGGUAGGAGCAUCUCCUGAGGCAGGGUUGUGCUGGUGUGUUCUCCCCACUCUUGAGAGGGGUCUCUCCUUCAGGCCUCAACUCAAACAGGCUUGCACAGGAGUGGAGACUGGAGCCAGCAGAGAGAAAGGACCGAGGGACCGUCUUUUCUCAUAGGAAGUUGGGGGUAUCCCUGGUCUUGUUUUCAUUGUGAACAGCACAGAUUCCAGCACUGGUGUGGGAGAGAGAAAUUCCCCACCCAGACAGAGAGCCAGGAAAGAUGGAGAAAGUGAAAGUCAGUGGUCAGGAGCAAAGACCUCAUAUGAGCCUUCAGAUAGUUCAGGGCCCAAAAACACUCCUGGGCCCCUGGGAAGGCUGGGACCAUAGUACUCCAACCCAGAGUAGGGGAACAUUCACUUACCUCGCUUGGCCUGGAAAUCUGUAGGGCAGUGCCCACUACUUUCCAAAGAAAUAAAAGAACGUUAUUUUUUAACAAAA